UAUAUUUUUGUCAUAUCUAAUUUGAUAUAUUAAUAUUAUAAUUAAUUAAAUUUCUCGAUUGUAAUCGAUUGAAAGGUGGCUAACGUCAGAUCUAAGUGAGGGCGCGAUUACAAAUGCCUGCGUUGUAAUAACAUUAAGUUGUUACUACUCAAUGUGAUUGUUCUCUUUGUCAAAGUAGUUUUUCAAAUGUGAUUAACGCGUAAUGAAAAUGUCGCGUCUUUUGGAAAAAGUAAUCGCAAUCGCUCAGCUUGCCGAUAGUACGAAAGUAACAGAUAAAAAGAAAUGUAUUUUACUAUUAUCGGAACUUUACGAGAGUAAAGAGAUAAUUAAUGAAAUAAGUAAAUAUUCUGAAGAGAACAACAAUGCAACUGUCAGUUGGUGGAACAUAUUUAUUAUCGUGCACAAAUUAAUUUUAUGCGAAGCUGACAGACUUGCUACGAAAGAUGCGAAUAAAUCUAAUAACGAAAGACGAACCACUUGUGCCGUUUUGUUAAAUACGAUACGUUAUUCUCAUGAAUCCAGAACGUUGACGUUAAAAUGCAAUGGUUUAAUGCAACGGGUGCUUGAGAUAUUGCAGAAUAGAAAAUAUUUAUCUUAUUGCAAUACUUAUCUGACUAUAUUAACUACUUACAUAAUUCCAGUCCGGUUAUACCAAAUAAAUAUAUCUUCAGAGCAAUGGGAGGAAUUAUUAAGAGCAUGUGUCAAUUUGUACAACGAUGCGUCUAUCAACAAGUGUGUUGUAAUAGAUACCAUUCAAAUGAUAAUACAAUAUGCAUAUAUGUAUUCGGAUUUAUUAUUAGAAGUUAAAAAAUUAUUACCAUUUUUAGCAAGUAUUUUGUCAGAUUCUAAAAUUCUCGAACAGAUGGAAGAGUCUGCUUACAAGCUGACUAAUACAAUAUGUCAUCAAAUCGCAACUGAAAAUAGAAUAAUGCUUUGUCAAUUUAGUGAAGAUAUUUUGCCAAAAAUAUUCUAUUUGAAUAGCUAUGAUGAAAAAUAUAAGUUCAUGCUGCUAUUUGUACAAAUUCAUCAUCCUAAGGGAGUUCAUCGAGAAUAUGAUGGAGCGUUUGCUUGUAAUUGGUCUACAUGGAAUAAUAUACUUCGAAGCAUGUAUGAAAUUAUUUUGAAAGAUUCUAAGAAAGGGAUAUUAUCCAAACAUUUUCUGCAGUUUGCAAGCGAAGUAUUCAAUCAAGUGCUUCAAAAUCCUGGUACUAUUUGGGGACUGUUUGACAAUUCUACUGAACUUUAUUCGCAACCAGUCAAACGAAGAUGCAUUUCCAUUAGUAGUCCAGUUGAUAUGAUAGAUCAUGAUGAUCUCGAGGAAGCAUGGCCUAUGAUACAAAUAUUAACAGUACUAUUCGCAAAAUAUCCUAAAAGGGUACAAUCGAAUGAUUUUAUAUCUCUUUUAAAAAUAUUGGAUGAUUACUUAACGCAAUCGCCUAAAUAUGUUAAAGUUAUAGACAGUUUAUACAACUUGUGUACCGUUCUUAUGGAAAUAGAACAAUUAUUUUUGAAUGAUACAAAUUCUGAAGAGAUACAACAUGCUUCGAAUGUGCAUUGGUAUAACAUAUGGGAUAAUCUUUUAAGAUCUCUUAAUACUAAUCAAAGUGAGAUCUCUGCGCAUAGACUUGCUCAGUGUUUUAUAAAAUAUGGAAAGAUGAGAAAUACAAAUUCACUUUUUGCUUUAUAUAUGUCGCAAACAAUCAGAUGGUCUCCUAAUAGUUUGCAAACAUUAAUAUUAUGUUGCGAGCACACGCCUUUACCGGAUGAUGUACCAAUGUUUAAUACAACUUUACAUUCGUCAAUGUUAAAUACACGCUCUGUUAAAUUACGUUUCAUAGAGUGGUUAUUAAACACUCCAUGGUUUAAAGUUCCUUCGACAAUAUUCAUUGAAAGUUUGUGUAAUAUAUUGAUUGGCAUCCCAGUGAAAUUCUUUCGUGAAAAUAAUACAACGUUUAAAACAUCAGGAUUAACUUUACCCGUUCGCGAAAGCUCUUAUUUACAGGAAUUUCUAUACGAUCAUUCACAAUCCUUAUCUUAUAAAAAUAUAGAAACGUGUAAUUUAGCAUUAACAUUUCAAAUUAAUUUACUCGCAAAGGUAAAAACAGAGACUGUCGUUUCGCAACGACAUUUGCAAGUGUCGCUUGCUAAAGCAAACGUAAAUACAAUAGAUUUGAAAGAUGUUCUUACAAUUUUGAAGAAGUAUUUGUAUGAUAUUAUCGACAAAAAGGAUGAAAACAAUGAUAUACGAACGAUAGUAAUGAAAAUUACGCUUGCUGGUAAAGUUGCGACUACCGUGAAAAAAAUGAAUAUACCGAUGGAAGAUACUGAAAUUCACUUUAUUAUGUCUGCAAUAAACGAUUGUUUGCAGCAUGCUUACAAAUUAUUAGAGACGAUUAAAUUGUCCAAAAAUAAUCAUAAAUAUUUCAUCGAUAUAACUGAAGCGUUUCUCAUUUUAUACGAAACCUUUUGUCCCGCAUAUACAGACAUGACAAAGAUCAUUAUCUCUUUGUCGACUGCAGAUAUAUUAAGGAAUUUAUUUGACUUACUUAAUAUUGAAGAUGAGAAUAAUUUCUCUUAUCAGGAAAUUCGUCGUUACAACGACAAUUUUGAUAUAUUUCAAAGUAAAAAUAAACAUUCCAAUAAAGAUGAAAUAAAUUACAAGAACAAUGAUAUACAUAGUCUGAAUAUUAUCAGAAUAAAAACUAUAAGAACUUUGACAUUAUUUUGUUGCAUGAAUACAGGAAAAGAAAGAUCAAAAAUUCAAUUGGAUUUAAUGAGCAAUCUGAUGGCCAUUGAUAAUUAUGAUUUGUCAUUUGCAGUGGACUUUAAAAUGGCAAUGAUAGUACUGGAAACAUUCACACAAUGCGACAAAAAGAUACUACAUGAAAAGUAUAAAGAUGCUCCAGUUUCAUUUCUAUUGGAUUUAUUUCAAAAAUGUAAGGAAGAUGAAAAGUAUGUACGAUAUGUACUCAAAGUUCUACCUUAUUUUAUCGAAUAUACUGCCAACUAUGAUUAUGAUCUAAUUUUAAUAAUGGAUAAUACCAUUUAUAAUUUUUGUAAGCUUCUUAAUAAUAAGAAGUUUGGGCCAAUCGUGCACAUUGAUUUCUUGGAAUGUCUCGCAAGAAUUAUUGAAAUCAAACCAUUAUUAAUGAGGCAUAAACAGUAUGCUCAGUAUCAGUACAAGUUAUGGCUCAUUAUUGAAUAUUUAUUAACAUAUAUGCAAAAUUCUCUUUAUAUAUUACGAUUGAAGGCAAUUGAAUGUAUGCAAAAAUUAUAUUUUUCAAAAUGUAUAGAAUAUGAAAGGAAGGUUUCCUUUUUCGAGCAAUUGAAAAAUGCUGCUAUUAAUUUACUAUCCAUUGAAAAGAAAUGUUAUAAUAACGAAACCGAUGAAAUAGAAACUAGAACGGCAAGUGCAUUGUUAAUAUUGGCAACUAUUAUUUGUACUUCUAGUACACUUCAAAGCAAUGCUUUAGUAGCAAUAUUACAAUUAGUCGAGAAUAAACGUGUAAAGGUAAAAACGGUCAAAAAGUUAUUGCAUAGUAUAAGAAAGCAUCAUGUUUUACCCAAUGAAGAUAAUCUGGCUCAUAUGUUAUCGCACUGGUUGAAGGCGUGUCAUACCAUGCAAACAUUUCCAUGGGAAUUGACUCAAUAUGAAUCUCAAGAAGAAUUUUAUAAGAUACACAUUAAUAUUAUAGUGUUCACUGAAAUUCAAAAUUUCAAUGUCACGAAUGCAAUACAACUUUGUACUUGUGUUGGGUACAAUUUCAAAGAUGUUUUUGAAAAUAUAUUUCCACAAGUCCUAACAUGGUUGCUUUCUUUGAUUUGUCAAAGUUGUCAAAAAAAUUCUAUCGAUGCUAAACGCGCGAAUGAUAUGCUUCACGAAUUGAUGUUAAAUCGAGAGAACUUUGAAAGGAUCGAUACUUUUUCUAAUUUGUUUAAAAUUAAUUUUGACAAAGUUAUUGUAAAUAUUAUCAUGAGAUUGCACGAUGAGAAACAUUUUCAUCAAAUGUUUCAAUUACAAUAUAAAUUUCCAAAUGCUAAUCCACCUGUUUUGAAUAAAACUGAUGUCAACAAUUGUCUACAGUAUAUAGAGGAAAAUUUUGUUUCCUCCAAAUCAUUGCAAUAUUAUUUAGCAACCAAAGGAAUAAAUAAAUUACAGAAAAUAUUGAUGAAUCUGGUGAAAAAUAUUUAUGACAUGAAAUUUACCGAGUACAAAUUAAAGGCUUUACAUCAGUAUAUCUAUUUUUGCACCAUAAUGAUGGAAGGAACAAAAUUUAAUCAUUUCGAUGCAAUAUCAAUAUAUCUUAUCAGAGAAAUUAGUUAUAGUUUGAUACAUUUUAUCAGAGACAAAAUUGUUAUACUGUCGGAAAUAGCCUGUAAAUAUUUUCACAUAUUUCUGAAAUACAUCUUACCUGAACGACAUGCAGAAAUUGAAGAAAAUUUGAAUUAUUAUGUUACUAUAUUAGUUCCUGUUGCUCAAUUGGAAAAAACGCCUAUUGCCAUAGAGCUACUCGAGUACUUAAUAAUUGAACAGAAAGAAUUGUUUAGUAAUGCAAUAGCAAAAUUAAAUACAUUUCCUAAUCAGCCAAAAUUUCAAAAAAUAUUGAAUGUAUAUAAUUCCCUGAAAUAUAAAGAUAGAAAGAAGGAUAAUUUGGAGGAAGAAAUUCAACACUUUUUAAAUGCGACUAAUCAAAAGAUUGUAAACUGUAAUGUGGAAAGCAUAGCACAUUUAAAGCUUCAAUUAUCAAACAGACGAGAUGAAUUGCAAGAGCUGUACAAUAAACUUGACAAUAGCUCUAUCAAAAAUUAUAAUUUAUUACAUCAAUUGAUAUGUAGAUUAUUGGAGAUCAUUAAAUCUAAUCAAGCCAUUUCGAUAGAAGCUACAAAGUGUCUGGGACAAUUAGGUCCUAUUGAUCUGGGAACAACGAUUCUUUAUAAUAGAAAAAGUUAUCUAAAGGAGAACGCAGACAUAAGCAAUACGUUAACGUACGAGAUAAUAACAUUACUAACAGAAUUUUUAGUUGAUAAUGAAAUCGAACUUCGUAUAGCUAGCGCCAAUGCAUUAGAUAUGAUACUGUCAUCUACAUGGGGACAAGAAAUUUUAGAUAAAAAGAACUCCAAAGCAAUACGACAGAUGUCAAUUGAUUGUUCAAGAUCCCCAUUACGUUUGGAUUAUAUACGUCCAUUUAUACGUGAAGUAAAAAAUCUCAACAAGAAUAAAAUAACCCUUGAUACAAUUGCUUGUAAUAAAUACAUUAAGAAGGAUAAUCCUAUUUGGAUAGAGACGUCAAAUAUUCCUUAUGCUGAAUGGAUUGUACAAAUCACAUGCAAUAUUAUUGAAUGUUUUUCUGGAUAUUACCUUGAAGAUUUAAUACCUGUUUGCAAAUUAAGCAUAGAAAUGUGCGAAUUAAUACUACCAAGAAUCAUGUUUCUGAUAACGUACAUUAAUAAAGAAUUAGCAAUUGCAGUAUCUCAUUGUAUCAACGGAUUUUUUUUUUAUCAUUUCAAUGACAAAGAUCAGUCUAUUCAUGGUUUACUUCAUUCAUCGCAAUAUGUUCAAUUGCACUGUGAUCGCAAUAUAGUAUAUUUUAUGCUGAAUUUAGUCAAUUUUAUUAGGACUCAAGCAGUUGAAAACAUUCCUUUAGAAUUGGACUUUGUAUACAUAGCCAAAGCUGCUCAAUAUUGUUCGGCAUAUUUUACUGCUAUCCUUUAUGCAGAACUAUCUUGUGAAUCAUUAUUGAUAGAACCUCGUGAUUUUAGUACAGUUAACAAAAUUGAUUAUGCCUAUGAAUGUGAGCCUGUAUUAGGAAGAAUGUUGCAAAAUAUUCUUAGAGAUGCCUCCUCGAAAAUUGGUGAUCCAGACGCUAUUCGCGGUUGUGGCUCUUCACAUUUGCAAGAUAGUUUCUCUCGCGUUCAACAUUACAUACAAAUGCACGAGUGGGAUAAAGUUUUACUUAUAAAAGAUAUAGAACUGUCUUCUGGCAAUAAAACAGCUAUUGAAGAGAUGAUCAGUGCAUUGCAACAAUUAGGAUUUCAUUAUUUAUUAGGACAUUAUAUAUCUACAAUGAGUACGUCUACCAAAGAAAUGAGUAAUGACAUUCAACUGGAAUGUGCAUGGCGACUUAGUAAUUGGGACAUAUCAAUAUUUCCACAAAUUAUGCAAUCCCUAUGCGAGAACAAUAUGAAGUUAAAACUAUCCGAAUCAGACUAUUAUUUGUAUCACUUCUAUGCAUUAAGAUGUUUUCAUGAAAAAGAUGAGUCGGGUGUAGAAAAUGCAAUCAAGUGUGCACGAGUGUGCAUAAUGAAAGCUCUAUCUAACAUUAAUUUGGAGUGUAAUAAAGAAAUUUAUGGGAAAUUAACACAACUUCAAAUGCUUUCCGAAAUAGAAGAACUAUGUUCAACAAAACCUGAGGAUUAUUCUGAAGUUCUGCAAAAGUGGCAGCAAUGUGAUAUCACAAAUUUUAACGAGUUUCAAUACACUGAGCCAAUCUUAACGCAAAGAUCUAUUAUGUAUCAAAUAAAUGAUACAUUGUGUAAUAAUUCUAUUAUCAAAGAUGAACUUGUCGGUACGCAUAUAAAAAUCGCUGAAAUUGCGCGAAAUCAAGGACAUCUACAAAUAGCUGCACGUGCAUUAGGCACCUUAGCAAAACAAAAUGAAGUACCUUCAAAAUUUAUUGAUUUGUUGGAUUAUCAAGAAUCUCUAUUGGCAUGGAAAAGAAAUGAUUAUGAAAUCAGUCGAUAUCUUUUACGUAAAUUAAUUCAUAGAAAAUCUAUAGAUCCGGCUUUGCAAGCCCAUGUACUUCGCAUUUAUGGAAACUGGAUGGCUGAAACGAAAUCUGAAAAUCCUCAGACCGUCAUAGAAAAUUAUUAUCAAGAAUCAAUAAAAAUAAGUAAGUCGAUAAAAAGCAAAACGUCUGAUGUUAUCAGAAAUGUACAUGACACACAAGUCGCCUUGGCUAGAUUUGCGGAUGCUCAAUUCGAACAUGUUAAAAUGUAUAUGAGAUCUCCUCAGUUUAAAAGUUUGAAAAAAUGUGUAGAAUAUUCAUGCAGUGCUGCUGUCAAAUAUGACUCAACAUUGCAAGAUACAGAUAUUAAAAGAGCAAUGAUACUUAGUCAAAAACAAAAUACGAAUGAUGCUGCUGAACUACAAAAUAUUGAAAAGGAGAAAAACAACUAUCUUUUAAUAGCAGUACGAUAUUAUUUAAUAACGUUAUGCCAGAGUGAAGAUUACAAUCUGUUAGUAUUUCGAUUGAUUGCUCUUUGGCUUGAGAAUGCGAAGAAUAAAGAAGUAAAUAAAUUACUAGAAGACAAUUUAAAUAAGAUACCAUCAUAUAAAUUUUUACCACUUGUGCCACAAUUGGCAGCACACAUGAACAACGUAUCUGAUGAAUUUUCUGUCAAAAUAAAUAAAACAUUAGAGCGUUGUGCAUUGGAUCAUCCACAUCAUACGUUACCUGUGCUAUUGGCAUUGAAAAAUUUAUAUGGUGAUUAUGAAUUCCUUAAGACUAAAAAAAAUAAAAAAUUAGAAGAAGAGCCCAGAAUAUUGGGUGCUAAAAGGCUUCUGAAACAAUUAACUUCGUCGAAAGUGUCUUGCAUUAUUCAAGAAAUGGAAAUAUUGUCUCAUUCUUUGGUAAUGCUAGCUAAUUAUGAAACUAAUGAUAAAUGUAAACGUGGUACAUCAUUUAAAAUACCUAUUGGUCAGAAAAUUUUCAAGAUCAAAAAUUUUUCCAAUAUAUUUGUACCUACUUUAGCCGUUGAUGUUAGAUGCAGUGGAAAUUACAAUGACAUAAUCAGUAUUGUUAAAUACUUUGAUACUUAUGAGAAUGUUGGAGGUGUGAAUGCUCCCAAAAAGAUCAUUUGUAUUGGUAGUGAUGGAAUACAAAGAGAACAAUUAUUGAAGGGAAAAGAUGAUUUACGACAAGAUGCUGUAAUGCAACAAGUUUUUAAUGUAAUGAAUAGACUUUUUGAAAUGAGUAAAGAAGCGAAACGACGUAAAUUGAAAAUUAGAACAUACAAGGUAGUACCGUUAACACAAAGAUCAGGUAUAUUAGAAUGGUGCCAUAAUACAAUGCCUAUUGCGACUAUAUUAAUAGGUAGCGAUGGAAUUUCUGGUGUUCAUAAAAAAUAUAAUCCACAUGAUUAUACUGCAUUAAUGUGUAGAAAAAAGAUGGACGAAGUUUCUAAAAAAUCAAACGAUGUCAAGCUACAACAGUUUUUAGAAUGCUGUAGACAUAUGCGUCCAGCUUUUCAUCAUUUCUUUAUUGAAAAAUAUCCAUCGCCUGAAACGUGGUACGAAAAACGAUCAGCUUAUACACGCAGUAUAGCAACAACUUCUAUAGCAGGAUAUAUAUUAGGUUUAGGAGAUAGGCAUCUUGGUAAUAUAUUAAUGGAUCAGAUGACUGGAGAAGUGAUUCAUAUAGAUUUUGGCAUAGCAUUUGAACAAGGUAAAGUUCUGCCACUACCUGAAACUGUACCAUUUCGUCUCACAAGAGACAUUGAAGUCGCAAUGGGAAUCUCAGGUGUCGAAGGUAUUAUGAGAAGAGGAUGUGAGGAAAUAUUGACAGUAUUACGAGAUCAAAGACAAAUAAUUAUAACAUUGCUUCAAGUACUUCUUUAUGACCCUCUUUUUACGUGGGCUAUAACUCCUGCAAAAGCAUAUACUUUUCAAACCGGUAAUACAGCAAUGUCUUCUGAAGAUGAUGAAGAUCAUAGCAAAACGAAUAAAACUGCAGAAAGGGCACUCUUAAGGAUAGAACAAAAAUUGCAAGGUAUAGAAGAAGGUUUAGUAUUUAGUGUACCUGGGCAAGUCGAACAACUUAUACAACAAGCACGUGAUCCAUUUAAUUUGUGUCGUUUAUUUUGUGGGUGGCAACCAUAUCUAUAAGUUUUAUAAAAUUUUAUUAUUAUUUGUUAAAAAAAAAAAAAAAAAAAAAAAAAAAAAAAAACAAAAGAAAUUAAUAUUUUUUUAUAUAUCAUAGUAU